AAAUAUUUCUUACUUUGUUUGAGCCAAAAUGGCGCACUUCUCUUCGAUGGUUGAGUAUAGUGACGAAAUGUUUAUAUGUGCCUGUUAUAAACGCCUGCCAUAAAGUUUAAUUGAAAAGAAAAAACUCAACAAAGAAGGGAAAUUAAAAUAUAAAUUCCAUAAUUUCUGAUGAAAAUUUUAUUUAACUUAAUUGUGAAUAUUUUGUGCAUACAUUUAGCGAAAAACUAUUGAUAUUGGGCGAUCUGGAAAUAGUUCAACUACUAUGGGUUGUUUGUCCGAGGACCCCGAGAAGCACGUUGAAAUGUUUACGGUUAAACCGCUGUUAGUUGUCGACCUGAAUGAGUAAGGAGAAAUUAACAGCUGCCAAAUAAUUAAAAAAUUUAUGAAGGUAGUAUAACACGCAAGCAUAGAGCUAGGCCUCCGCAUAGUGCAGCCACAAUGAAAACGUUUGCAAGUUAGUUAGCUAAGCUAAUAGUACUGUAGCUAGCAUCGGUAACUGCAGAAACGUUUCUGCCACGGAAAAGAGCUGUUAGCUUUCUACACGGUAAAUUACGUAGAGACAAACAUGGCAUCUUCGCUGGUCGUUCCAGUCAUUGAUGUCCAGAUUGAUAAUUUCAAAGAACUUUGGCCUGCUAUGGUAGUGGCUAUUAAAACCUCGUCCUUCGUUGCACUAGACACGGAGCUGAGUGGGCUUGGGAACAGGAAAUCCUUGCUGGCAGAAUCUAUAGAGGACCGAUAUAAAGCCAUAUGCCAUGCAGCGCGCUCCCGCUCCAUCCUCUCCCUGGGAAUUGCCUGUUACAAGAAAUUGGACAACAAGGCUGCAGACACAUACCUGGCCCAGGUGUAUAACCUCACCCUGCUGUGCUCAGAGGAGUAUAUCAUAGAGCCCCAGUCAGUCCAGUUCCUGGUGCAGCAUGGAUUUGACUUUAACAAGCAGUAUGCCCAUGGAAUCCCUUACUGCAAGGGCAAUAAUAAGGGAGGAUCCGAUGACCAGGGUGUCCACAUCAGGGCGUUAUUCACUGAACUGCUGCGUGCCAGGAAACCCCUGGUGCUUCAUAACGGCCUCAUCGACAUGGCCUUCCUUUACCAGAGUUUCUACGCUCAUCUUCCCGAGCGUCUGGCCACCUUCACAGCCGACCUUUCUGAGAUGUUUCCAGCCGGCAUCUAUGACACCAAAUACGUCACUGAAUUUGAGCUGCGGCUCACUGCCUCCUAUCUGGAGUAUGCCUAUAAGAAAUGUAAGCUGGAUAACAGUCGCAGUUUGACCUCUGGAAGGACCGGACCUCAUGUUUAUGUAGAGUUCUGUCAGUAUGCCGGUCACAUGUCCAGCUAUGUGGACUACAGAUUGUGUCCAACUGUAGCCUCUCCUGAGGGACAAACGGACAUCUGCCAGCGCUUCUCUGCGUUUGGCUGGUGUCCGAAUGGUACUCAGUGUCCAUUAUCCCAUGACACUGACCUGAUCAUCCUCCAGGAUGAGAAGGGCAAGGUGGACAAGAGAAAAAAGAGGAAGAGACACAGAGAGAAGAAGAAAGGUGGAAGAGAGGUAGCAGAUGGCUCCUCCAUCUUUGACGGUGCCCCUAAAAACAAAAUACCCCAUAUGGAGGUGGAUCAAGUAGAACCACCAAAUGACCAGCAAAAGGCGACUGCAGAUCCAUGCCCAGAAAGUGGGCCCCUAAUGGACAGUGAUGGAAACACUCAACAGAAUCAAGAAGAGAACAUGAAAACAAACAGCGAGGGGAACGGAGUGUGUGAAGACAACAAAGACUCCAGAAACUCUGCAACAAUUUCCACAACCGAUGAAGACACAAGCAAGAAGACCAACAAAGAGGACCGUGUAGAAAGCAGGACUGGAGAUGGAGGAAAAGAGAAGUUUAGUGACCACUUAACUGGGAAUGAUGCUCAGAAGAGUAAGGCUGAGGCAGGAACGCAUCGAGCGGGUUUUGAUGCCUUUAUGACGGGAUUCAUCUUUGCCUACUCAUGUACCCUUGCCAAGAAGGAAGGAGUGCAAAAUGUAGAGGAGAAAGAAUACAAGGAGGAUGAGCAGUCCUGUCUUCCUGCCUGUCUCAAUAAGAUUUACCUCAGCGGCAAGGCAGCGCCUCUCAACGUGGUUAAAAGCACCUUCUCCAAGUCGUCGAAGGCCCACAUGCAGAAGAUGGAGAUGGUGUGGGGAGGGAGAAUGUAGUGUGCACACUUGCACACAGCAGGACAGUUAUAGUUUAUACAAGUGGAGGUUCACAUGGCUCUGUGGAAUGCAAUGUCUUUCCACCACUUUGAUCCAGACUGAAGUAUCUCUACAACUUUGAGAUGGAUUGCUGUCAAAUUUUGACAUUCGUUGUUCCAAGAGGAUGAAUCCUACUGAAUGUGGGGAUCCCUGACCUGUCCCCUGGGGAAAGGGUGAGGUUGACAUGAUGGAGUGUUACAAAUUUGGUAGAGAUUUCCAUGUUCCCAUCAGGAUGUAUUUUAAUGCCUUUGGUGACUGCCUGAUGUUCCAUGUAGCAUCAUCAUCAGGUCAAAGUUUUUAUGUUUCCAACACUUUGGUUCAUGACCAAAUACCUUCAAAGCUAAUUAGACUCCCAAGAGCCUCAGCUGUACUUUGUUUUAAUGAAUUAAAUGUUGGCAUUCUAACAUGCUAAACUAAGAUGGGGAACGUGCUAAACAUUAACAUGUUAGCAUUUAACUCAAAACACCACUGUACUGAAAUACAUCCUAAGACAAUCAUCAGCAUGGCUUUUUUUUUUCUGGGGAUUUCUUUUGAUUUUCUAAGAAUAAAGGGAAACAAUCUGGGGUAAUGGUCCCUUUAUGUCAAAGGAAAUAGAGACGCACCGAUUAGUUGAUUUAUUCAUUAGUCGAUUGAAAGAAAAUUAAUUUGGAACUACUCUGAAAAUGAUAAAUUGUUUUAGUCAUUGGGUAAAGAUACCCAACAUUGGACGAGCCUACAUUCAGAGAUGCAAUGAUUUGUUACUUUUCUUGGUCUUGCAUUAUACUAACUUGAAUAUUUUGGGGUUUUUGACUGUUGGUUGAACAAAACAAAACCCAAAAAAAGACAAUUUGAUGACGUCACCUUGUGCCUUAGUAUAAUGUGAUGGGCAUUUAUCAUUGUUUUUCUGAUCUGUUAUAUGCCAAACAGUUAAUCAAGAAACCAGUGGGGAGAUUUUAUCAAUAAUGAAAAGAAUUGUAAGUUGCAGCCCUAAUGGCAAAAAUGUACUGUCUGACAAUGUUGAAGGUCUAGGGGGAUUAAAAUAGUUUUUCAUCCAUGUUGGUUUGUUUUAUACUCCCAUAUUAUUUUUAUUUAUUUUGCCGUUUUCUCCGGAUUUUUGACCUUACUAUUCAAAUUGUAAGACUUAGAAAAAAUUGAGAAAAGAAUGAAUAAUGGCAUUAGUGACUUUCAAUAAAGUGAAAUGCAGAGGAACCCCUUUUAAUUAAAUUAGCUGUUAUGUCUCUGCAAACAGCCAAAGAGGGAUGAUGAUUUAUAUGUGGUUAUCCCACAUUCCAUAAUUUCUAUAACUACCUGCUUCUGACGUAAAAUAAAGUAAUGCUCUUUAA